CCUCUCUCCCUCCCUCCCCCUGUUUUCCUCGUCCUCUCUUUAGCGCACCAGGCUCUCCCACCACAUUUCUCACUGCGCUCUCCUUCUCAGUGCUGCGAGUGGUGCGUAAGAGCGCGCCGAAAAGCGCAGCCCACUUUGGGAGGGGGGGGAGAUUUAAAAAAAAAAAAAAAAAAAAAAGCACCAUACUGAGAACACACACACACACAGAGCAACCAGUGCUUUGAAUCUCGCGUGUUCAUAGAUGAUGUUAGUUAAGAUGUUCAUCAGCUCGGACGAAGGCGCGUUGCUGUUUGGGUGUAUGUUUCUGGACUUUUCAGCGUGGCAUGACCGCCUCCCGUCUUCGAGUCUCGGCGUUUCAGCGUGAAGUUGAACGGAGGAGGAAGCGACCAUGAGAGGCGACUCCUUUCUCCUCGGCUUCUUGCUGCUCAAAGUUACCGCUCUGGUGUGUAAGGCGGACGGGGAGCCGGGCUUGCUCGGGGGCUUCGUGAUGAUCGCCACCUCCAACGGUUCCACCGAGGAGGAGAACGUGUCCGAGGAGACCCCCCACACGGAGGACAAAUGCCGAGGCUACUACGACGUGAUGGGACAGUGGGACCCUCCGUUUAUUUGCAAAACGGGCAAUUAUUUAUACUGCUGCGGCACCUGUGGCUUCCGCUUCUGCUGCUCCUACAAACAUUCUCGACUGGAUCAGAGCACCUGUAAAAACUACGACACCCCAUUGUGGAUGAAAACCGGCCAGACGCCGUAUAAGAAAAUGAACAAGAUGCACGACAGCACCAAAGACAAGACGAACUUAAUUGUUUACAUCAUAUGUGGAGUUGUGGCUAUUAUGGCGCUCGUGGGGAUUUUCACCAAAUUGGGUCUUGAAAAGGCGCAUCGUCCACAGAGAGAGAACAUGUCCAGGGCGGUUGCCAGUGUGCUGCAAGGCGGGUGCCCAGGUGAGCCGUUCCGAGGAGAGGAGACCCUUGGCAUGCAUUCCAAGCACUAUGUUUCCAGGGGUGCGAACCUUCAGGGUGCUCAGAUCAACAACGUGGGGCCUGUGUCAAACGUGGUCCAACAGCACCCGUAUCCCGCCCUCAGCCAGUUGGCUCAUGUCUAUGAACAUCAGCAGCAGCAGCAACAGCAGCAGCAACAGCAACAGCAACAGCAACAACAACAACAGCAACAGCAACAGCAACAGCAGCAACAGCAACAGCAACAGCAACAGCAGCAACAGCAGCUACGGCAACUACACAUGCAGCAGCAAAACAAGGAUUUCAACAAAUAUGCCUCCUUGAAGGCUGUGGCCGCCAAAUACAACGGUGAUCUGUACAACAAGCGCAGGCUGAUGGUGGAGCUACCGACAAAAGGCGGUCUUCCGCUCCAACCCAUGGGCAAUUCCCGACCUUCCAUGGCCAGCAUGUCAUCGAUGACCACCAACCAGAUUGCUUCGAACCCCAUGGCUUCCCACUCCAUGAACCAUAUGUCCUCCAUGACUGCUAUGACAUCGAUGACACCCAUGACUGCAAUGACGCCCAUGACCUCCCUUGCCCCGAUGACUUCUAUGACUCCGAUGACCUCAUUGGGGCCACUGACCCCAGAGCCAGUGGCAACCUAUGUUACCGAGAUGCCCAGAAUCUCCUCCGUGUCAACCCUCCCAACAGACCGACGCAGCAUUGGAGUCACGUCGUUAAAGCCAAAUGGCCAGAAACCUAAGAGCAACCACGGCCACGUCGCCCACGGCUCCCACAGUGCCCUCACUCACCUUCACAGCCACAGUAGCAAGCCUCUAGGACUGGGGACUACCUCCUUGGCACACAUGGGGGGUACUAUGCCAGGGGGCACAUCCCUCGGAAUAUCCAGGGUCGCCGAGACCCCCAUCGGAUCCAGCUUUGCAACGAUGGGUCGACCGUUGGCGUACAGUUCUAAUACCAUCUCGUCUGGGCAUACAGUGGGUAUGGGGUUAAGGGGCUGGGAUGGGACAGAGACAGUGGGCCGAAGGAAGACCUACGGGCACAAGAGGCCUCAGUGUACGGUGCUGGAGCCCAACCAGCUUCACGGUUCCAGAGGCCACAGCCACAGCCAACAUUUCCUUCCCACACAGCCCUACUUUGUGACCAACAGCAAGACAGAAGUGACUGUGUGAGCAAGGAUAUGAGGAUCAAGUGUAAAGAAUGCAUGUGAAAGUAAUUUCCGAGAAGAGACACCGUCACCAGAGUCGGCCAAGAGCUGCGGGUCUGUUUGUUUGUGUCAUGAAGCUAAAGGUUGUUGGCACUGGUAAAAGAUUUCUACACGUUUGUGAUGCGAUAGUGACAUCAAGUCCGGUCGGUCACUUUUUCCCAUAUAAAGAGUCCAUUCCUGAGAUCACUGAAUGGACGGCUGAUGUCUGUCAAACGUUAGUGGUUAAGUUGGUGACAUCGGCAACCGUAACAGUAACAAUGAAGCGUAUCUUUCAAGUUGUAUCUUACAGCUAAACAAGCCUUGCACAGGAAACGGAAUCCUGCCAAGGAAGCAAUACAAGGGAUCCGAUGACGACACUCGGACCGUUGCCACGUUACGAGUGUCACAGUGUCUGUUACACAAACACGGUUGAAUUCAACAACAUUCCAGUGUCUCGCCACGAGAAUCUCUCGACAGGUUCAGAACUGACAUGAGAAAGGGCUCUGGGCUUUGGACUGUAUUCAGAGCAGGUUUUGUAUUGAGGCCGUUUAGAAGCCUCUUCGUAAGCUUCGCAGCUGAAGGUCACCCUUCUCAAACAAAGCUCCAGCUCGGAUCAUGUUGGGAUCAAGGAGUAGGUUGCCAUUCAGCCCUCAUCUGCAUGUGGACGGCUAGCCCAGAGGUGGGACAGUCAAAGCAGUCAUCUGGAUGCUGCUGCAGCAUCUUUCUUCCAUAAUCACACUCAAGUGCACAUACAAGGAUUCACAAACACAUGAAGGUAUAAGACCGGGGCCAACAGCGAGCAUACUGUAGAAAUGUCAGUCACUUGGCUUUUAGAACUCCUUUACUGCUUUGUUUCGUUUGUUUGCUUAUGUGAUCUGUAUAUCUUUGUUACAUAUUGAAUUAAAUCUCAAGUGGAAUGAAGUACCAAGUUUAUUCGAAGUGGUCAGAAUGGGGCCUUCACUAAACUCGGACUGGACAUAAUUUUGCAGUAUCUAUUCUCUGAACGAUUUCAAGAGAUACUAUAACCCUCCCUUUCAAAAUAAAAUAUCUCUAACUCCAUACUUUAGCGAGACAAAGAGUCAAGAUAAUUAGUCAGGAAAUAGUUGGGGGUUCUUUUUAAUUUUUUUUUUUUGUGGAAUGAUUGAGGAAACCCAGUUUGAUUUCAUCACUUGUACUCCACAUAAAACCUUCCAUCCUACUUGGGGAGAUUCAGGGGAUCCUAUCUGGGUUAUUUGACCCAAACACAAAAAUAAAACCCAUGACUGGAAAAAAAAAUUAGGUCAGAUCAUUUGAGUGCCUCUCUCAGCCAUUUGCAUUUUUUUUUUGGAAUGAUAGAGCCCUAUUUGCUUUCAACAUCCACCAAUAUCAUCUCGACCCCAUAAUCAAAACGCUUCAACUAUAACACUUUUUUUUUUUCCGAGCAUUCCGAGGGACGACAGUUAAACAACACUAUUUUUUUAAAAUUAUAGAUGUGCUGGUCGUGCAUGGUUUACUAUGAUACAUGACAAGUUUGGAUAUUUAUCACACAUGCGCACAAAAGCAGAAAACUCAAAUGUCAAAAUUAGCACGAGCCCAAACUUUUGUGUAACAGUUUACAAAAUCCACAUGAGAUUUUUACAGCUGGCAUUCUCCUACCUUUGACUAACAGAAGUCAUUUUAAUCACAUUUUCUGUACCGUCUCAGAUUUUCUCUUCAAGAUUUUGUGAGAAAUAACAUAACAGAAGGCCAAUGUUUGUUUUUGAUGUGAUCUCAACCAAACCUAAUCCGGCUCGCCAGAAAUGUGGAAAUAUGAAUCCGCUUGCCAACUUCCGUUGCUUCACCGUGAAAGCUCAUCCAGUUUGGCAGAAGCGGCCACUUGAAUAUGAGUGAAGCGGGUAGAGCGGUGGAAACAAGUGAUUGAAACAUAAAUAAAUAAAAUAAUACAUCUCUUACUAUGAGAAGAAAAAAAAAAAGAAAACGACAGCUGGAAUUGGUUGCGCCGACAGGUCACAAUUGAGAGGGUCACAUGGCUACAGAUGAAAAGGUUCAGCGGGAAGUCAUUUUGGAAAUUCUCCAAUCAGGCAGUCGGUCAGACAAAAAAAAAAAAAUCAUAAAAAGACAGGUUUACGACGCAAUCUGCUCACCAGGAGUAGUCGGUAUUCACCAUCACUGUCUAUCAUGAUGAGACAAAGAACAAACAAACUGCAUGCGACUGCAUAUAUUUCUCGAUUUGUUCAGUUGAGUUGCGUUUGGCCGUGUCACUCGGUGUUGGGGCAGGAUUUAUUCAGAGAUUAC